AUGACGUUUUGUAUGGCUGUUAGUGAAAAAUCGGUAGUCGUGUCGUCAAUAGAUGUUGAUAAAUGUUUUGUAUAUUCAUUAGACAGUGGCAAUGUGAAAAAUCUCACUGAAAGUUUAGGCGAAGCUUAUAAAAACAUUCCAAUCAACAAUCGUGACUUGCAAAAAGCAUGUGCAGCGUUUUCAGCUGACGGCAAACUGUUUGCGUACAACCCGAACAAAGGUAAACUUCUGAGCAUCUGGAAUUCCAUAGACUGGACUUUGGUUGAAAACAAAACACUUGCAAAACAUGCAACAAACAUAGUUUUCACACCCAAAACCAAUGUAAUUAUUGUCGGUGAUAAAAAAGGUGAUGUUUAUGCAUUUGAAGAACUCCCUGUCCGUAUCCUGGGUCAUUCGUCUAUGAUCCUUGAUAUAAGUAUUAGUGAUAAUGAAAAGUAUAUUGUUACGUGCGACAACGAUGAAAAAAUACGUGUCUCACAUUAUCCAAAUGGCAAGAACAUUGUGCAUUACAUGAUGGGGCAUGAGGCGUAUGUUAGUGGAAUUUGUUUAUUGAACAAUUUUAUCAUAUCUGGCUCUGGGGACAGUACACUGCGUUUGUGGGACUUUGAUAAUGGUGAUCUACUCGAUAAACUAACUCUGCAAACAGCAAUUCAAAGUGUUAUUGAAAUUGAAGAUUUAGCCGCUAUUCAAUUAUAUAACUCUAAAGAAGUACAUUUCAUUAAAACAGAGAAAAAAGAAAACAAAUGGAGUAUUAAAAAUUUAAAAACUAUUCAAUUUGAAAACAAUGUUUUGGAUUUGGCUGCAUGUGGUAAUCAAUUGUGGAUUUUAACAGGUAACUCUGUUCAUAAGUAUACUAUUGAUGCUAGUAAUGAAAUCAUUUUAAAGAUUGAGGAUGCAGAGAUGUCACAUACAUUUGAAACGUUAAGUAAUUUAGUUAAAUCAUUUGUGUGCUUGGAAAAUACUAAUUUGAUGAUUUUUCUUUAUAAUAAAAUGAUUGAUAAGCAAAAAAGAAUUGAACAAAAUAUGAACAAUGGUACUCCUCCAGUAUUACAUCAUACAAAAAGGCUAAAAACUGCAUAA